AUGGAGCCGCGCCGGGCGCCGCGCCGUUGCUGGGCUCUGGCGGGCAGCGCGCUGCUGCUGCUGCUGCUGCUGCUGCUGGCGCUGGCGGCGGCGCCGGGCCGGGCCCACCCGCAGCCCUGCCGCCUGCUGGCCCGCGCCGGCCACGCCGUCCGCCUGGGCGCCCUGCUGCCCCGCGCCGCCGCCGCCGCCGCCCGCCUCCGGCCCGCCCUGGCCCGCGCCGCCCGCGCCGCCGCCGCCGCCGCCGCGCUGCCCUACAACCUCAGCCUGCAGCUCCUGCCCGGCGCGCCCCGCAGCCGCGACCCCGCCUCGCUCGCCCGCUGGCUCUGCGCGGCCCUGGUGGCGCGCCGCGCCGCCGCCGUCCUCGCCUUCCCCGCCGGCCGCGCAGAGCUGCUGCUGCUCGACGGCGCCGCCGCCGCCCUCCGCCUCCCCUUCGUCAGCGUGCUGGACGAGCGCGGCGGCCCCGCGCCCCCCGCGCCCUUCGCCGCCCCCCCGAUUCUGCCUUUGAUGAGCAUCCUCUACCCCGUCUUCAUCUGCAAGGAUAUGCCCCGGCGAGCCAAAUUCCCGACGGGCUCGUCCGCAGCAGGCUUAAAAGUUGCAGGCUGCGUACAAAAAGGAUUUGGGUCGCCUCGCGAGUCGUGCGGAGAUCUUUGCGAGCUUUCCGCAGAGCCUUAUCAAAAUUUCAUGACCCCCCCGUGGGAGGAUCUGGAUCCCUCGGAGAUCUUCGCGUCCUAUUACUGGCUGCUCCAAUUAUCGAUUCAGCUUGCAAACUCCGUGGGGCUCAAGCGGCAUUUCCCCAUUGAGGGUGAGUUUAGGGCCCAGAGCGGUAAGCUGCAGUGCUGCGGUCCAAACUCUACUCUCGACCUGAGUUCGAUCCUGGCAGAACUCGGUUUCAGGCAUCGGGCGGGGAGCCAAGCCCGGCCUGACCUCGGUUUCCUUUUCUCCUUCUCCCUGCCCCAGAAUCCCUUCCACUUGCUCCUGGACAAGAGCGCCGACUUCGAAACUCUCCUGGACCUGCUGGCUGACAUCUUCCGCUCCAACCGCUGGCGCGAGGUCACCCUGAUCCUCUGCCAGGCCUGGGACGCCGUGGGCUUCCUGGACCUCUGGGCCGGGCGCGGCGACCUUGAGCGGACGGCCGUGGUUGACCUGAGCUCCCUUGACGAGCCGGAGGCGGCGCGCCACCUCCGCCGGCACCUGGAAGAGUUCCGGGAGCUGCCCGGGCCGGCCGUGCUGCUCGGCUGCGACCCCCGGGCCUCUCGCCUGGUCUUCCGGACAGCCAAGGAGCUGGGGGUGAUGCAGGAGUUCCAAUGGGUGCUGGGCCUGCCCCAGAACGUGGACGAGCUGCAGACCGAGGGUCUGCCCCAGGGGCUGCUGGCCUACGGGGAGGCAGACCAGCCCUCCCUGGAGCAGUUUGUCCAGGACGCGGUGGAGCUGGUGGCCCGGGCCGUGUCCCAAGCCGUCUACGUCCGGCCCGAGCUGGUCCUCAUCCAGAGCAUGGUGAACUGCAACGACAGACCCGUGGCCAGCGUCGAAUCUUCUGGGCACUUCCUUUCCCAGUUCCUGGCCAACACGUCCUUCCGGGGCCAGACUGGCCGAGUCUUCGUCCGCAACACCUCUCACGUCCACACAGAGCGCCACUACAAGAUCUGGAGCCUUCUGCGGGACUCGGUGGGCCAGCCCACGUGGGUGACGGUGGGCAGCUGGCAGGGGGGCGAGAUGGAGACCGAGGAGGGCACGUGGCAGCAGCAGCUGCAGCGCAAGCACCAGGCCGAAAGCGGCGGGUUCUCCCGCAUGAAGCUGCGGGUGGUGACCCUGGUGGAGCACCCGUUCGUCUUCACCCGGGAGGUAGAUGAAGAAGGGAACUGCCCGGCCGGGGAGCUGUGUCUGGACCCCCGCACCAACGAUUCAGCGGUGCUGGACGCCCUCUUUGAGGAGCUGAACUCUGAGAAUGGGUCCGUGCCCAUUGAGUACAAGAAAUGCUGCUACGGGUACUGCAUCGACCUUCUCGAGAAGCUGGCGGAGGAUUUGCCCUUCGAUUUCGACCUCUACAUUGUGGGGGAUGGGAAGUACGGGGCGUGGAAGAACGGCCGCUGGACCGGGCUGGUGGGGGACCUCCUGAGCGGCACGGCCCACAUGGCAGUGACCUCCUUCAGCAUCAACUCAGCCCGCAGCCAGGUGAUCGACUUCACCAGCCCCUUCUUCUCCACCAGCCUGGGCAUCCUGGUGAGGAUCCGGGACACAGCCUCCCCCAUCGGGGCCUUCAUGUGGCCCCUCCACUGGACCAUGUGGGUGGGCAUCUUUGUGGCGCUCCACUUGACCGCUCUCUUCCUCACCCUCUACGAGUGGAAGAGCCCCUACGGGAUGACCCCGCACGGCCGUAACCGCAUGAAGAUCUUCUCCUACUCCUCGGCCCUCAACCUGUGCUACGCCAUCCUCUUUGGGCGCACCGUCUCCAGCAAGACCCCCAAGUGCUGGACGGGCCGCUUCCUCAUGAACCUCUGGGCGAUCUUCUGCCUCCUGGUCCUCUCAAGUUACACGGCUAACCUGGCCGCGGUCAUGGUGGGGGAGAAGACGUUUGAGGAGCUCUCGGGGAUUCACGACCCCAAGCUGCAUCAUCCGUCCCAAGGUUUCCGUUUUGGCACAGUCUGGGAGAGCAGCGCAGAGGAAUACAUCAAGAAGAGUUUUCCAGACAUGCACGAAUACAUGAGACGGCACAGCGUCCCCACCACACCUGCCGGGAUAACCAUGCUCAAGACCAACCCUCCCAAACUGAACGCCUUCAUCAUGGACAAGUCGUUGCUGGACUACGAGGUCUCCAUCGACUCGGACUGCAAGCUGCUGACAGUGGGGAAGCCGUUCGCGAUUGAAGGCUACGGCAUCGGCCUCCCCCAGAACUCGCCUCUGGCUUCCAACAUCUCGGAGUUCAUCAGCCGAUACAAGUCAGCUGGCUUCAUGGACCUCUUGCAUGACAAAUGGUACAAGAUGGUGCCCUGCGGGAAGCGCGUCUUUGCCGUCACAGAGACUCUACAGAUGGGAAUCUACCACUUCUCUGGCCUCUUUGUUCUGCUUUCUAUUGGUAUCUGCGGCUCGCUGCUCACCUCCCUGGGGGAGCACAUCUUCUUCCGGGUCUUCUUGCCCCGCAUCCGGCGCAAGAAGAAGUUCAAUUACUGGCUUCAUACCAGCCAGAAAAUACACCGGGCUCUAAACAUGAGUUUGGAGGAACAGAGGAACAAGAGGCUAAAUCUGGAGAAGAAGUGAGUUACGCACGCCGGAUGCAGCCAGCUUGCUGAGUCGACCUUUUUAUUGCUGUUCUUGUGCAACAUCGAAAAGAGUCAGGAGGAACCCGAGCCGCCCCCCGCCAGCCAGCCCAGCUGGAACAAUCUCCGCCGCGCUACAGUGAAGAAGGAGGACAAGCGGGUACACUUCAACAUUGAGAACUUGCCGGACGAGGGCUCCGAGGAUGAGCGGGAGGCGCCCGUUUGGCACUGCAUGAACGGACAGGGCCCCCAGCAGGCCGGCACGGAGGCCCAGGAGAAGGAACUGGAGGAGCUGGAGAGCCGAAUCGCGGACAUGCGGGAGCAGCUCCGGGCCGCGCUGGUGCGGAAGAGCGAGCUGAUGGUGGCCCUGGGACCGCCCCCCAAAGCCCCCCAGCUGCCCCCUGCCCUGAAAGCCCUCAUCAAGGCGAGCAAGGAAGAGAGGUGA